AUGUCGACUCAAUCAUUUUCAGUACCAGUAGCUUUUACGGACAUCGAUCGCGAACCCAAGAACAUAUGGGUGGAAUAUGGCCCGCCGGAGAGACGAACUAUCCCGAAAGGCUGGACCAAGGAUGAAGGACGCCGCCCUUUCCCAGUCGAUGUGACAUGGGACAAGGACAUUCGCAUCACAUUACGUGAUGGCGUCGAACUGCUGGCAGAUGUCUUUCGCCCUGUGACAUCAGACGAAACACCCGUCCCAGCAAUCAUGCCCUGGAGUCCAUAUGGGAAAACAGGUUCUGGAAUGCAACAGCUUGACAUGUUUCCUUGGAGAGUUGGAGUGCCUCGGCAUGCAACAAGCGGUCUGGAAAAGUGGGAAGCUCCCGAUCCUGCAGAAUGGGUUGCCCGCGGGUAUGCUAUCGUCAACAUUGAUGCUCGUGGAUCAUUCACAUCAGGAGGAGACUUCUUCGUGUAUGGUACUCAAGAGGGUCGAGAUGGCUACGACAGUAUCGAGUGGAUCGCGAAACAGCCAUGGUGCAACUCGAAAGUCACAAUGGCUGGUAACUCUUGGCUUGGUACGACGCAAUGGUUCAUCGCGGCAGAACAGCCUCCUCAUCUGGCUUGUAUGGCGCCUUGGGAAGGUCUUGGCGACUACUAUCGGGAGUCUAUUUGUCGCGGCGGUAUUCCUGAUCAUGCCUUUUGGGAUGUGCUCAUGGCUUGGGCCUGCGGCCCGCACCAGCGUGAGGACGUCGCGGCUAUGGUCGAUCAGUAUCCGUUGUGGAACGACUACUGGGAAGACAAGAAGCCGAAGCUGCGUAAUAUCACAGUGCCUAUGUAUGCGACCGCGAGUUACUCCACCGGCUUGCAUACGGAAGGCUCCUUGCGCGGCUUUCAGCUUGCUUCGUCGACUGAGAAAUGGCUACGUUGGACUACUACCCAAGAAUGGCACGACAUCUACCAGAAAGAAAAUAUUGACGACUUGCAGAAAUUCUUCGACAAGUACAUGAAAGGUAUAGACAAUGGCUGGGAGAAGACACCCAGGCUCAGGCAAUCUAUGCUGGGCUAUAACCGACCGUCAGUGGUCAACCGACCAGCAACCGAGUAUCCGCCUCCGGAGUUUCGUUACGAAACAUUGUACUUGGAUGCUGCAACUGGAACUUUGACCGAAGCCCAGGUAGCAGAAGAAGCCAACUCUGGAUAUCAAGCCGACUCGUCAACUGAGGAAGGCUGCUUCUUCACGUAUACAUUCCACGAAUACACCGAACUUUGUGGAAUAUCCAAAGUCAAGCUCUUCAUGUCUACAGAUGAUCACAACGAUAUAGACGUCUACGUCGUAAUCCGCAAACUCGACAAAAAUGGCACGGCCCUCUGGCACCAAAAUAUCCCCAUGAAAGACCUCCCACCAGGCACAAAACCCUCAGACAUACCAAACGAGAACGUAUGGCGGUACAUUGGUCCCUCAGGCCGUCUCCGCGCAUCUCAUCGCGAGAUCGUCCAAGAAGAGCUUCCAAACCUUUCCACUUCUGAGUACAACGAUCUCAUGGGACCAGCGUACGUCUAUCAUCCUCACACUUCUGAGCAGAAGCUGGCAAAAGGCGAGAUCGUGGAAUUGGAGAUUAGUCUCUGGCCCGGUGGGAUUGUAUUUGAUGCUGGAGAGGCGAUGAGGUUGGAAGUUAAAGGCAGACAUCCGAUUCUGCCUGAGUUUGAUGGAUUGGAGAAGAAGAUUGUGAAUUUCAAUGUUGGGAGGCAUAAGUUGUAUACUGGAGGGAAGUAUGAUAGUCAGUUGGUUGUUAGUCUGAGGCGGGGUGAGAGGGCAGCAGCGCCAGGAUAGUGCUGUCUGCAGAGCAGAGCAGAAACCUCGACGAGUGUAGCAGACUCCGCGGGAUCUGCAUGUUCGCCGGUUCGUCUCUUUUACAAACGGAUUUUGAGCCAAGGCGGGAUACAUUCUUCCAAGACUUGGCGCAUACAUAGCGCUGCAGUUUGCCUGGUUAAAGCCGGAC